AUAAUAUCAUAUAUAAAAAUUAUUUAUUAAUUUAUGUAAAUAGAGUCACCAAUAUUGACUUCAGAAGAGUAGUGCUAUCAAUGAUUGAAUGGCCAGAAUAAUUUCUUAUUCCAUUUCAUAUAGAUAAUUUUAUGUUAAACUAUUUGUGGUGAUAAUUAUUGAUGGAGUCUUUUCUUCUUCUUCUUCUUCUUCUUUUGGUGAUCAUAACAUUGCUCCAUGGCAGUAGCUAUGCAGAAAAUAUUGUAUGUUCUUCAUCUUCUUCAUGUGGUAGCAUCUCAAAUAUAACAUAUCCAUUUCAACUCACAACUGAUCCACUUAGCUGUGGAGACUUCAGGUACAAUCUUUCUUGCGAGAACAACAAUACAGUACUAAACUUUCUUGUUCAUGAAAACAAAUAUCAAAGAUACUAUGUACGAGCGAUCAACUACAAUAACUAUACGAUUCGAGUUAUCGAUCCCAACUUUCGCAAACUAAAUGAAACCUACACUUCAUUCACCAACAAUACUUUGUCCAUUGGAGACUUCAACUUAUAUGAUAGUUAUGCAACAAUAAUUUAUUUAGAGUCAAAAAAUCAAAAUCCUUUUGAGGAAAAGUCCAAACAAAUUGCGAAAACUAUAGUGUUGAUUAGUUGUGAAAGAGUAGUGAGGAAUUCUUCUUACAUAGAUGCAAAUCCUUGCAUACUAAGCAAUAAUAAUGAUAGUUUUACUUGGUCAUAUUAUUUAUUGGAUACCGAUAAAAUGAGUCCUUCCGAGUUAGAGGAGUCUUGUUGGAUAAAACAAGUGACUCUUAUUGAUGACACAAGUUUUCAUGGAGCCAAACCUUCUUGUUAUGACAUCAACAAACAACUAGCUCAAGGGUUUCAACUUUCUUGGAUCCAAAGUUUCGAUAAAACAGAAGUAGGCGGUGUUCGACAAAUUUGUCGCCUUAACCAAAAUUCCAACAAAGUUCGUUGCAGUUAUUAUUCUGAAUGCUUAUUUAAAGAAAUAUUCAAACCAAAUGAAAGCCUUGAUAAGUGUGAUAAUUCAUUUGAAAUUUUUAUGAGCAAGUUUAUAUUUUACACAAAAUACUACAUAUACUAUAUGGGAACUUAUAAAUACAUUGUGGGAUUGUUGACGCCAAGAACAUUUUGUGGAUUUAUAUUUGUGAUUUUCCUUGUGGUGUAUAAAUGGAGAAGACGUCAUUUGUCAAUGUACAAUGGCAUCGAAGAUUUCCUCCACAGUUAUAACAAUCUCAUGCCUAUACGAUAUUCUUAUCGGGACAUUAGAAAGAUGACCAACAAUUUUAAAGAAAAACUAGGUGAGGGAGGGUUUGGUACAGUAUAUAAAGGACAGCUUUGUAGUGGUCCCUUUGUUGCAGUUAAAAUGUUUGGAAAAUCCAAGAUUAAUAAUGACCAAGAUUUCAUCAAUGAAGUUGCUACGACAGGAAAAAUUCAUCAUGUCAAUAUUGUGCGAUUAAUUGGAUUUUGUGUUGAUGGUACAAGACGGGCUCUUAUAUACGAUUUCAUGUCGAAUGGAUCUCUAGACAAGUACAUUUUUUCCCAAGAAACAACGAAUGUCUCCUUAAGUGUUACCCGAGUUUUUGAGAUAUCGCUUGGAAUAGCUCGUGGAAUUGAAUAUCUUCAUCGAGGAUGUGACAUGCCUAUUCUUCAUUUUGAUAUUAAGCCUCACAAUAUUCUAUUAGAUGAAAAUUUUAUUCCAAAGGUUUCUGAUUUUGGGCUAGCAAGAUCGUUUUCAUUGGAUAAUAGCGUAGCAUCUUUAUCUGCUGCAAGAGGAACCAUGGGAUAUAUAGCUCCAGAAUUAUUCUAUAAGAAUAUUGGAAGAGUAUCAAGUAAAUCUGAUGUGUACAGUUUUGGAAUGUUGUUAAUGGAAAUGGCGAAUCGACAAAAAAAUGCUAGUGGAAAUACUGAAAAUUCAAGCCACAUAUAUUUUCCGUUAUUGAUACACAAGCAACUCAACGAAGGAAAGGAAAUAAAAAUUGACGAGCAUGCUACAAAAGAAGAAGUAGAAACAAUGAAAAAGAUGGCCAUAGUUGCAUUGUGGUGUAUACAACUAAGGCCUUGUGAUCGCCCUACAAUGAGUCAAGUCAUAGAAAUGCUUCAAAGUAAAUUCAAUUGCCUUGAAAUACCUCCAAAUCUUCUUCUAUAUCCUCAAGAACAAGAGAGCAAUAAUAGUGUUGAGACAUCAUUCUCAUUAACAUCAUGUGAAGAGGAUUCUGCAUAUUGAUAUCAUCAAUUAAUAGAUUAAAACUAUUUAUCAAACUUGUAAGCUUGUACGUGAAUUUUUUGAAUGAUGAUCAUUAUGUUAAAUGUAUUGUUCUUUUU